AUGGAUUCCGAAGAAACGUCGUCGGCGACGAAGAAGCCAAAGAGGGUCUUCUCUUCGUUAGCUUUGCGAUUCUGUACAGUGAUAGUUUUCUCGGUCAUCAGCUUCUUCUUCUUGUCGUUUCUAUUAGGGAUCUUAGUGAUUUUCCUCGGUGAAUUGUGGGUUUCUUCUUCUACUUCUGCGUCUCUUGCUUCGCGCUGCAAAAUUGUUUCCAGCUCUGUUGAUCUUAGGUCUUCCAAAGUGUGUGGCAUUGGAUUAUUGAACAUCAAAGCACAGCAUGUGUUUUAUCCUUUUGAAAGAGAUAAAUUCAGAUGUCGCUAUGAUUACUAUUGGGCUUCUGUUUUCAAGGUAGAAUAUAAAGAUCACUUAAUGGGUCAAACACGGCUUGCGUUUUCAGAAGCACCAAAUGAAGCACUUCCUCCUGAGUGCAGACCCAACUUUGGUGCUGCUUUGCUUACCAAAGAUAACUUCAAGGUGAAUGAGACUUACGAUUGCUGGUACACUUUAGGGGCUCCAAAAAUCAAGCUUUAUCGAGACAGCUUCUUCGGUUGCCAAGCAGAUGAUCUCUCUUUCACUGACAUUUUGAAACAAUACUCUGUCUUAUUCUCUAAACUUCUAGUGUCAUGGUUUAAUGGAAAAGGAAGACCAAAGUACUGGAGAUAUGAUGUGAUCGCUGGCAUUGUCUCUGGCUUCUCAACUUCCAUAAUCACAGUCUUCAUAUUACGGAUCUUAAGACAUGCAAAGUCUUGGUUCCCUCGAGCUUGUUGUUCAGUUAAGAGCAAGUUUUCUAAGGUGAAUCUCUUGGUGCAAGUGAAGCGUGCUUGUUUGCUUCUUGUUUACUUCUCCAUUAUCGGAUGGAUGGCUACGCAAUACUUGAAAAUUCUUUUUCCAAAGUCUGUAGAGCAAAACAUAUCUUGA